AUGGAAAAACUGGAAUAUUCUUCAAAAGAAGACGACAUAUUAUCAAGGUUUUUAAAUGUUAUAUUUAAAAAAGAAUCAGGUUUUUUGUAUGUAACGAGGAACAAUUUAAUAUGGAUUUCAGACAAAAUUAAUUCCCAGCCAUUCGAAAAUAUUAGUGCAUUAAAAGAAAAUUAUUCAAAAAUUAUCUCACCCACUGAAAAUAAUUUAAAUUACAAUGAUGAAGUUUCUAUAAAUAAAAAUAGUGUAAAUCUAGAAAAUGAUUUUGUUGUAGAAUUAUGGAAAAAUCUGUAUGCACAUAGAAAGAGAGAAGAUAAACGUUUAGUUGGAUUAAGGUUUGAGAAUAAAGAAGUUAAAAACAAGCCUAAACCAGUUAUAUUUAUUGAUGUUAAUCUUACAUUGAAUUCCAAUGAUGACUUUAAUAAUUUUUUAAAAUUAAUGACAGAAUGCCACAACAAGGCUAUUGAAAGAUGUAAACAACUUCAAGAACUUUUAGAAAAAAAAAAAUCCGAAAAAUUUACCUCAAUUGAAAAUAAGAUAUUAGAAUUUAGUAAAGUUGACAAAAAUGACAAUAAAAGAAUAGUCAUAGAAAGAAAAGUUAAACCGAAAGAACAUCAUUCAAUAUAUGAUGAUCUGAAACAAUUAUUACAAUAUAAACCUGAAUUGGAUAAUAUCUAUAAGAGCCUAGUACUAACAGGAAGUAUUUCAUUAGAAUCUUUUAUUGAAAUACAUCGUCAAGAUAUACUUCUAUCAAAAACACAAGAAAAAGGAGUCGAAAAUUCAGAUUUUUUUUUGAAAAAACCACCAAAAGUUACUAUUACAAAUUCUGGAGGUAUUGAUGUAACAAUUACUGCUGAUGAUCUAAAAUCAAUUCUUGAGGAAAUGCCAUCAAUAAAAACAAAAAUUAAAGAAUAUGUUCCCCACCGCUUAACAGAAGAAGAAUUUUGGAAUCGUAUUAUACAAUCUCCACUAUUUUUUGAUUUACUUGGUCAAAAAAAUAUUCUGGUAAAUAAUAGCGAUACAUUAAUGAUUGGUGAGAUUCCCAAAGGAGAAGAAUUAUUAUGUGAGUUAAAUACACUUAAUGAUAACAAAUAUUCGAAUGGAAUAAGUGAAUUACUUGGGAAUUAUGUUAGUUCUGAAAUUAAUCUCUUAAAUAAUGAUACUUAUAAUAAAACAGGAUAUGGUACAUUAAUUAAUAAUGAUUUAAAUAUUGCAUCUGAAAAAAGUGCAAAUAUUAAUACUGGAUUUUUUGAAAGAUUUAAUUGUCAUGGAGCUAAAAUUCUUGAAUUUACAACUGGUAAUAAUGAAAUAUUUAACAGGCAAAAUGAAAUUGAUUUAGAAUAUUCUCAAGAUUAUUUACAAACUGAACCAAAAACAACUAUUGCAAAUAAUAGCCAGCUUUUGGAUAUUAAUCCUGUUAAUUUCUUCUCAUCAUCUAGAAAUAAAUUUGAUAAUGAAAUAAAAAAAGAAAAGGAUAAUAAUAUUAAAGGUGUCAAAUUUAAUUCAAAAAAAAGAAACAAAAAUACCCAAGACUAUAGUUCUUUAUUUAAUAACCAAAUUUCGAGGAAUAUAUUAAUUAAUUGUACAAAACAGAUACAAUAUGAGCAAAUUAAUCAACUUGGGUUGUUUAAUAAACAUAAUUUAAUACAACAAAAGAGUAGUGAGUUCGAUUCAGAAAAUCUGAGUCUUCUAUUUCAAAAGAAUUCUGAAUCCAAUGACAUUAAUAAAAUUAAAGAAGAAAAACCGAUUUGGAUGCAACAAAUACAUCAUGAGCACAUACAAGUUAUUGAAUUAUUAAAGUAUUUUUGGGGAUUAUCAUUGUCUCCAAAAGACAAUGAUGAAAGAAGAAAAACAAUCGAAUCUCUAAAUAAAAUUACUCAUAAUAUUGAAUUACUUGUGCAUGAUAAUAAAAACAUCUCAGCAUCUUCAUUAAGUACAUUUGGGCAGUCUUCAAAUACCAUAAGAAGUAUAUGUUUGCCUAUUUUGGAAACAAUUAAAUCAGCACGUAAUUUCCAUAUUAAAUUAGAAGAAAUAAUUAAUUCACUAUCAAUUAAUAAGUAA